AUGGUCCCAGACCUUCCCAACGGAUAUGAGCUCGCAUCAAAAACCAAGAAGACGGUUUCUCAUAUCUACAACCCUGGUGGAGCGAUCUGUGGAUUUGGUGGUGUAAAUGGAGAGAGGGUGGAUGUUCCAAUUGGGGACCACAAGCUGGAGACUCCUCAGGUCCUGACGACGGGAACCUGUGCUCAUCUCUAG